CAGCAGCACCAAUGGCUGGCUGUGUGUCUCCAUUGCAGCAGCAUCCUUCCCUCCCAGCUCCCUGCUCUACCUUCGCUCAGUGGAUGGACUCUGGGCUGUGGAAACACCAACAGCACCUCCGCCCCAGCGCCGUGCUGGGGUAUCCCUGCAGCUCAGCCCCAGCCAUGGGGACGUCGGUGCCUCAGGACAGCGCUGCCACGGGGUGAAGUCCAGGCUCUCCCCACCAUGCAAUGUUUGCAGCAAGUUGCAUCAAGCCCGCGUGGCUGCGGGCAGCACAGAAGCCACGUCCCAGCACCCUCCCAAUGCCAACCCUGUGCUCCAGCACCUCCUGGAGCCCCCUGAACCUCUCGGCCCCAAAGGGCGCAGCGUCCCCAUUGCAUCGCCUCCCCCAGCACUGCAAUCUUUGUCCUGCUCUUGCUCUGGGCUAUAUUUAGCCCUGCCCCGUGCUAUUUCGCUUGCCUGGCAGGAGUUUAUAACUGGCCGGGACAGCCACACCUCCUUUCUGCUUUCCUCCCUUGCUUUCCUUCCUUCUCUUUUCCCCUUUUCCUCUCCUUGCUCCGCUCCGUGCCGCUGCCCCAUGCCAGCUGUGCCCACCUCGCACCCACACCGCAGCCACCAGCUGCAAUUUGCUCCUGCGACCACCAAAGCCUGGAACAUUGCAAGCUGCCAGCAUGGGGCCUGCUGAGGAGCUGGUCCGGAUUGCCAAGAAAUUGGAUAAGAUGGUGGCCAGGAAGAGCACGGAAGGGGCUCUGGACCUGCUCAAGUCUCUCACUGGUUACACCAUGACCAUCCAGCUGCUUCAGACCACGCGCAUCGGGGUGGCCGUCAACUCGGUGCGGAAGCACUGCUCGGAUGAAGAGGUGGUGGCCUCGGCCAAGAUCCUCAUCAAGAACUGGAAGAGACUGCUGGAGUCCUCUGCCCCCCCAAAGAAGGAGAAGGACACGGAUGGGGAGAAGGAGAAGAAGGAGAAAGAGAAGAGGUUGGAUGUCCCCAGUCCCAAUGAAGGGGUGAACCCCCAUCCAGCGAAGCACCCCAAGAACCCAACCGAGAAGCACAGAGAGAAGCACAAGGAGAGGAAGCCCAGCAAGUCCAGCUCCCACGCAGCCCCCACAAAAGGCCACCCCACUGACCCCAACCCGGAGAGGGAGCCCAGCGCCGGGCGGAGCCCCACUGCACCCUCGAAGAAAUCACCUCUGGAUGGCAAGAAGGAGAGGAGGGACUCUGCCGACUCGCGGUCCUCAGCCACAUCCUCCUCUUCCUCCCCGCAGAAGAGACCCUCAGGAGAGAGGAGACCCUCAGUGGGUGCCAACCCCUCACCAGCUCCCAACAGCUCCCGGCGCAGCUCCAGCGACAGCAACGGGGACAGAGCCAACAGCAGCAAGGGCAAAGUGGAGACGCCGCGGACCCCCAGCAGCCCCUCCUUCUCACCCAGCAUCUGCCUCCUGCCCCCCUGCUACCUGACCGGGGACUCCGUGAGGGACAAAUGCAUUGAGAUGCUGACAGCUGCGCUGCGCAUGGAUGAUGACUACAAGGAGUUCGGUGUCAACUGUGAGAAGAUGGCAUCCGAGAUAGAAGACCAUAUCUUCCAGGAGUUGAAGAGCACGGACAUGAAGUAUCGCAACCGGGUGCGGAGCAGGAUCAGCAACCUGAAGGACCCCAAGAACCCCAACCUGCGGAGGAACGUGCUGUGCGGGGCCAUCGCGCCUGCCCUCAUUGCCCGUAUGACCGCCGAGGAGAUGGCCAGCGAUGAGCUGAAGGAGCUGCGCAAUGCCAUGACCCAGGAGGCCAUCCGUGAGCACCAGAUGGCCAAAACGGGCGGCACCGUCACCGACCUCUUCCAGUGCGGCAAGUGCAAGAAGAAGAACUGCACCUACAACCAGGUGCAGACACGCAGUGCUGAUGAGCCCAUGACGACCUUCGUGCUGUGCAAUGAAUGUGGGAACCGCUGGAAGUUCUGCUGAUGACACCCAGUGGGGCUGAAGGGGACGCGGCAUGGAUGGGACGUGGUGACAGAACACUGGGGUGGGAAUGAGAAGCGAUGGGGUGGCCUCAGCCCCUCCUGCUCCCCAUCCCAUUGCACUGCGUUCCCUAGAGCCUCCCACUGGUUUGCUUGGGAAGAACCCAGUGAAUUUGAGCCUUUUGUACUGGGAACCUGGAUUGGUGCGGUUUGGUUUGGGGACAGGAGGAAUGCUGCCCCAUGGAUGUAGGGCUGGGAAAGGGCCCCAAGCCCUUCCUUCCCCUUGUCCUAUGGAGUGCAAUGGGAGGACAUGGAGGUUGGUGGCAGCGGUGUCUGGAUGCUGGUGCCGUGCAGCUGCAUCCCUCUGCUCCGUGCCAUAUGGACUGUCUGCCCUGCACCUUGGGAAAGAAGAAAGGAUGGGAAGAGAGGAGUGGAAAGAAAGACUCCAGCUACGGCAAUAAAAGCAUGAGCUGUCUCUA